AAAAAAUAAUGUCAAUGUCACUGCUCCUCUCCCUAAAGCCGUUGUAACGACAACAGCAAUCGGCAACAAUGUCUUUCUCUUUUCGACUACUUCCAAGGAUCACCCGAUCAGUUUCUCCUCAGUUAUCAAGGAGCUACAGUUCAACUUCUAAAGAUGGGAAACCAAAAACCUCUAAAGCUGCAGAUAAAAAAGAACCAACAUCACAAGCCACUAUUUCCCCUUCUAAAGCUUCAGUAGCUGCUUCUAAAGUUUCUGAACCCCAAGUCGUCGAAAAGGGAGACACAUACAAGGCUGGAGAAACUUACUUCAACUUUGAUUCAUACAGCUUUUACGAACUAGAAACUAAAAUGAAAUCCUAUAGGAAAUCUCAACCUUCUGCAAAUGAAAAGGUGAAAGUGUAUUGUUCUGAAGUACCCACACCAAAAAGACCAAUUUCACCUACGCCCCGUAGACUCCUGCCAGAUCCAUUUGGCCACAUGGUUGAGUGGCCAAAUAAAGAAGAGGAAAAACCAGAAGAAGUGAAUAUCUCUCCUACCCCACAAGAGGAGAAACCUUACUAUCCAAUUGUUAAUGGUCAUUACAAAAUAGCCAGAGACCGCAAAAAAGAUCCUUACUACAGAGCUAGAAUGCCCUUGUAAAAGAGUUUUUGCAUGGUUUCUACCAUUCAUGAAUCCAGUAAGAUACUCAACCCUGGGGAAGUGUUCAACAAUCACACAGGAGUCAGAUGCACAAUUGUUGGUAAACAAAAGACAGUUCCUGAGACUAGUCCACUGUAUGGAUCAAAUGAUGAACAAGUUGUAAGUGUAGGGAGCGAAUAAAGCUUGCAUCUGGUGCCAGAAGAAACUCUGAAGUAUGUGCAAAAAAGUAGCUUGUAGAGUGUUGCUCACCACAACACUGACGGCUGCUGUUUGCCACCCAUGCAAGUUUGUUCAGUUCCCCAAAAAAAAUUGUAAAAUUUAUUUAAAAUUACAAAUAAAAAGUAAACAUUGACA